AUGGUUGUGGGAAAAAUUGUCAUCGCGAUUGUCGCAAUCGUCGCUGCCAUGGUCGCUAUUUCAGCAGCAAUUGUUCUAAGUCUUAUAUCGGUUUAUAUACCCGAUCAAAGUACUUCGGUGACAGCGUAUCAGAAGUGCCUAACAGUGGCGUCUAAAUUCGCAACAACGGUCACUGGACCAGUUUCAAACAUUACAACAACAACAGGUGUCACUGUGACAUGUUCACAACUAGGAUCAACUUCAUGUCCAGGUUCCAUGGUAAAUGGAAUAUGUACUUGGCAACGCAAAUUGGCUGUGACAUGCAUUGAUGGAACAACUGUUCGUAUUCGAGUGCAAUCCAAUGGUCUACCUGGAAGAUGCAUGGAUGUUCCAUCAACUACUUCUAUUUCGGAACAAAAUGUCGAUUUCGCAGUCAACUUCAAUCCGACAGUUAGUGUUAAUUCACCGAUAUUCUCACCAACCACUCAAACACAACUGGACGCUAUAUCCUGUAACAUUACAAGUCAAAGCUCAGCUCCGUCAUGGUCAAAUUUAGUUACCUACUCAACAACUUCGUUGGAUACCUUAGUUGGAGUAAGUAUUGAUAAUGUCGCCAUUCUCAAUGUCAACAGCGCCAAUAUGGUUGAUCCAUUCUAUCCAUCAGGUAGCUAUAGCGCAGAAUCAGUCGAUAGCUGUUUGGCACAUCCUCAGACGAGUGGUGUGUAUCACUACCAUGCUGCUAGUGGAUGCUCUGUCUCACCUCCAACAGGCAACAUUUCGCUGUGUAGUACGUCAAAUGGAUGUUCAACAAAUGUCGCUGGUUGGAUCACAUCGACAUGGCCUUCAUCAGCCAAAAAACUAACUGUUAUCGGUAUCGCCAAAGAUGGUCAUGUCAUUUAUGGACCAUACCUUAAUGGUGGUAAAUUAGUUACCACCGGUAUCGAUAUUUGCAAUGGAAUGUUCUAUGAUAGCAGUGGUGACUAUGGUUAUUUUGCCACAACAAAAUAUCCAUAUAUUACUGGCUGUUUUGGACCUUCGAACUAUCCGUCGGUUGGCCCUAGUUGCACGACAAAUGGUCAACAAUCGUACACAAUGUCAAGCUAUGCAGCUGCGAGAUAUACUGGAUAA